UGUGUUUGUGGACUUGGGUGUUGUUGGUAUUGAUAGGGAAUGGAAGAAGCAUGGGGUGCUUGAAAGAAGAGAGAAAUGCACUCCUCAAGAUUAAGGCCACCUUCAACCACCCAAACGGGUCUUCUCUUCCGUCUUGGGGAGACGGCGAUGGUGACUGUUGCAGUUGGGAAGGCAUCGAGUGUGAUAACACCACUUCACGAGUAACUCAACUAGUUCUGAGCUAUAUACGCGAUUUGGAAUUGCGAGAAUAUGGCCCUUGGGUUAUUGACGCAUCUCUAUUCGUGCCUCUAGAGGAACUUCAAGUGUUGGAUUUGAGGAAUAAUUGUCUCUCAGAUUUAAAUGGAACGCUGCACUUGAAGAAAUUGAAUCGACUUGAUCUAUCUUUCAAUAAUCUGGAACGAGUCCCCUCAUUGUACAAGAAAACUUCAACAGAGGCUCAACAAUUGUCUUCCAAUCAGCCUAAAGGUGUGAAUUUGGAGGUAUUGGAUCUUGGAAAGAACAAUUUGGCCAAUGACGCCCUCACGGACAUUAUGAGGAUAACAUCUCUCAAGGCCUUGUACAUCAAUCAAUGUGGAUUGAACGCAUCUUCGAAGUUUCUGGAAGGCCUGUGCGGAUUAAGGUACCUUGAAGAGUUGGAUAUCAAUAGUAAUGGAUUAUGGGGUCCUCUUCCUUCAUGCUUGUGCAAUAUGACCUCACUCUGUGUGCUUGAUGUGGCAAAUAACAAUUUCAGUGGGGCCAUUCCUUCAUCUCUGCUCUAUAAUCUCAAGUCACUUGAAUAUAUUGUGUUCUUUGGAAAUGCCUUUGAAGGCUCACUUUUGCUUGCUUCCCUAGCCAAUAAUUCCAACCUUGAGGUAUUCCACCUCCUCAACAAUCAUAACCAUUUGGAAGUAAAUACAGAAGAGCCCACCUGGUUUCCUUCAUUUCAACUGAAGGUGUUUACUUUAUCAAAUUGUGUGCUAAACAAAGAUGCAAAUGUUGUAAUUCCUAGCUUUCUGAAAGAACAACAUGAUUUGAUACUUCUUCAACUCAUCCAUAAUGGAAUGAAUGGAAAUUUCCCAAAUUGGCUAUUGGAGAAUAAUGUAUAUCUAGAACGAUUCGAACUCACGGGCAACAACUUGUCAGGUACUUUUCAUUUGCCUUCCAAUUUGAAUCUUGACAACAUGCUAAAGUUGGAUGUGUCUGCUAAUAUUAUUGAAGGAGAGAUCCCAUCCUGGAUUGGUUCCAUCCUCCCAAAUUUAAUUUAUUUGAAUUUGUCAAAGAACUUAUUGGAAGGUAGAAUCCCUUACUCCAUGGGCAAUAUGAAUCAACUGCAUACAUUGGACUUGUCGAAUAAUCGCUUCACGGGAGAGAUACCAGAGCCAUUGGCUAAAAAUUGCACGUCACUUGUUGUAUUGAAACUAUCAAGCAACAAUUUGCAAGGCAAUAUGCUACCGAGGGGUUCUAACUUGACAAGCUUGAGAUAUUUGUAUUUGGAUAACAAUUGUUUCAUAGGGGACAUAUCAUCUGGCAUAUUAAAUAGCUCAUUGCAAGUUUUGGAUGUAAGCAAUAAUUCCCUAUCGGGAACACUUCCUAAUUGGAUUGGAGAUAUUCAAUUCCUGGAAAUGCUUAUGCUGUCGAGUAAUUCAUUUAAAGGUCCUUUACCAUUGAGCUUCUGCAACUUACAUUAUCUCAAGCUUUUAGACUUAUCAAGUAACAACCUUGGGCCAAAUAUACCUCCCUGUGUCAAUGUUACAGUUAUGAGGUUCUUGCAUUUAACAAAUGACAUGCUUGCUGGGCAUUUGCCUGAGUUUCUCUCUAGAGCAUCAUUGAUGGUUACAUUGGAUCUUAGACACAAUGCACUGUCAGGAUCAAUCCCAGAAACAUUUUCCGAUUUGAAGAGUGUAGAGAGCUUGGACUUGUCCUACAACAACUUAAUCGGUCAAAUCCCUCCACAACUAACAGAGCUUUACACCUUGUCAAAUUUUAGAGUGGCUUACAAAAACUUGUCAAGUAGGACACCAGACCGAAAAAAUCAAUUUGGAACUUUGGUGAGACAAGUUAUGAAGGAUGAUCCCCGGAGAGAAGCUUUCUUGUGGAGUUUUGCAGGAUCAUAUGUUGUGGCAUUCCUUGGGAUGGUUCUUUUUCUUUACUUAAACUCGUACUAUGAGUAUGUGCUGUUCGAGCUUGUUUGUAAGCUCAUCCCAUCGUUUCCCCAUUAG